CGCGGCCGGGCCGGGGCCGGGCGGGCAGAGGCGCGCCGGCCGUGCAGCAUGCUGGACCCGGAGGGCAGUGUGGAGCACCAGCCUGCCUCCUCCUUCCCCAAAGUCCUCCUCAUCCCUCUAGCCAUGCUCCUCGCAAUUGCAGCGCUCCUGCUCUUAGCCUUUUCCGCUACGCGGCAGAAGGAGCCUGAUUUUUACACUUUCAAAGUUGUAAACAUCAGGGGCAAGCUUGUGUCUCUGGAGAAGUACAGGGGCUCGGUGUCUCUAGUUGUCAACGUUGCAAGUGAAUGUGGGUACACAGACAGCCACUACAAGGCCUUACAGCAGCUGCAGAGAGACCUGGGCCCGUACCAUUUCAAUGUGCUGGCAUUCCCCUGCAAUCAGUUUGGGCAGCAAGAACCAGACACUAACAAAGAAAUUGAGAGCUUUGCACGAAAGACUUACGGUGCCUCCUUCCCCAUGUUCAGCAAAAUCACCGUCAGUGGAGCUGGUGCAAUUCCUGCCUUCAAGUACUUAAUUGAUUCUACAGGAGAAGAACCAACUUGGAACUUCUGGAAAUACCUGGUGGACCCCAAUGGGAAAGUAGUAAAGGCCUGGGACUCCACUGUCUCUGUUGAAGAAAUAAGACCCCAUGUUACAGAACUUGUAAGGAAAAUCAUCCUAAAGAAGAAAGAUGAAUUAUGACUUUCAUCAUAAAAAUCCCAGCAUUCCAAUUGCAUCUUCACUGAGAAUCAGGGCUGGACUUUUUCUUUUCACAUUCCAAAAGUGAGGACGUGGGGAAAGGAAAUUAUGACCAGUUGAAUCUGUAUUCACCAUCCUAGGAAUGUAGAAAACAGCAAGUUAGCACAGCCAAAGUAAUUUAAUAUUUUUCUCCAACUGAAUUCUGUUCAAGUUUUCUAGAAAAAGAGAAAUCUUCAGCAAUUGUUUCUUCCCCAAUUUAAUUAUUAAGUUGUUGGUAACACUAUAGGAAAUCAGGUCAUGCAGGAAGAAAGAUCAGAAUAAUGAGAAUGUCAUAGCUGGGAUCUCCCUGAUAUCUACAAAUCUGUUGUCAUAUUUUGAUUGCAAACUGAAUAAAAUAAAGAGCAAAAAGGGCAUGAUUGACUUAAGGCAUGUGCUAGGAAGAGGGCCAAAACAGAUACCUUCAGACUAGGCAGAAUUUGCAUGUUCCAAUUACCACAGCCAAACACAGCUAAUUUCAUGUGUCUAGAAAGUUUAGAAGGGCACAGGGAAAACACAUCUAUAAAGCUUAAAUGAAAGAAAUAUGAAGACAAAGUCUCUGUAAAAAUUCUCCAGAAGCUUUGAGAAGAAUUUCUGCAUUUUUUCGCCAAGUAAAGAUUAUCAGAUGAUAUUUAAAUAGUCAUUUGAAUAUCUGUAAGACCAGAGCCUACAUGAAAUGGCUAUUUCUUUCUUCUAUUAGCAUGUUACCUUAGAAUUACUCUCACCUCAUAAAACUGAUGUUAAAUUUAUUUUCCGUUUUAUAACACUAUCCAAUUUUGCUGCAUGUACAGACAAACAUCAAUCAAAAAUAUUUUUUCCAUGGAAAUAA